AUGUCGAGCCUAGGCGACCCCCUGGACUUUUUGAAGAAGCGUCUGGAACAAAAGGGCCGCUUAUAUUACUGCGACAACGAUUUGGUAUUCCUGGAAUGUCUCUCGGGAGGCAAGAUUCACAUUCGCGUGGAGGUAGAAGAAGAUUGCGGAGAGAAAAGGGAAUUUACAGUGGCUAGCUAUAAAGUAUCAGGUCAGCCAGCUAAAUUUACAGGAGCUUACAGUGCAGAAGCUUUAUCUGGCGAAUCAAGGCCUUCUGAAUCGAGAGAAACCUCCGAGAGAAGCAUAACCACUACUACUGCCACUACAUCCGCGGUUUCAGAUAAAUUAGUCCCUACGAGCUCUUGCGCUUCGCCAAAGCGAGGUGCGCCAGGAAUCUCGACCCAACCUCCUACGAAGAGGCAGCAAACAUCUCAAGUGUCUAGCAAAAGCGCUACCGCUACGUCCACACCCACAAGUAGCCUAGCACCCGGACGUCUUAAUGCGAAUGCUACUCCAAUAACUCGUCCACUUCAAGCGCUUGCGUUAAAGCUUAAGUCCUCCGUGACUACCGGGCCUUCUUGGAUAACGAAAGACGUUCCAAUUUACGAUAGCGAUAUUUCUGAAGACGGGAAUGAUCAAUUCGACCACCCUCACAUCGUUUGCAAAGAUGUCUGCAAUGACAAGGCAAAGGGAUUAUAUGGCAUGCUUAUGGAAGCCGCGACAUCGACCCACGAGCAGCCAAAUCACUUUAGAGGCCCAGUACAUCUAUGCAGCAAGAAAAAGCCCGAAAGGGAGGAGACAACGAAGAGAGCAUUCGAGAUUGUGACGCGCAAUGCAAACCUGGAUGAUAAAAGUGGCCUUGGAAGGUUAUCGUUGGUGAGUCUAUGCCUGGAAUUUGCCGAUUUAGUGCAUGGCGAGUUACAGAAGAAGGGCCAAACAUUUGAUACCGAACGGAAUCGAUCAUCGAGGGCAAAUAAGAAGUAUGGUAAAUGGGAUGUAAACAACAAAGACUUGGCUCAGGUUAUGAACGAUAUUUUCAUGGACGGCAAUUUGAAUAUACCGGAUGCAGAUUCUAAGUAUUUCAUGCUGGAGGCGCAAACGGGAAAAAACUAUAGACCACCUGGUAGCUAUGAUAUGAGAAAUAGGGCUUUAGAAAUCUGGUGUCUCGGAAGGAAAUGCCGGAUUUUGUUGGAGCAAGCUGGGCCUGGUGCGAUAUGGUUUGCAGCUUGGGGUGCUAGUUUCUAUCCUCAGUACUCGCUGAAGAAGCGAUUUCGCCCAUUCUGCCUUAGUCAUAAGGGCUUCAUUGACGGUGAUAUGAGAUUCAUCCGGUUCGAUCGCCAUAUGUUUACCGCAUACGCUGACGAAAGCUGCCUUUACUGGAGAAAACAGAUGGAAGAUUAUGGUAUCCCUAUUGAUGCUACCCUGGACCCUCCUAUGGUUCAACCUGGUGAUAUGUUUUACCGUGGCGCUUUCAACGAAGGGGCGAGGACCUACAACGUCGAGAUGUUCUCACCUAAAGAAAUCAAAACUUACAUCACAAACAGGACAGUUGGAACUGGCUCCAGUGGGAUCCCUGAUUGGGAAGAGCACAUAACGAAGCAUGGCGUUUGGUCUCGCAAAUAUCCAUGCUGUGCUGUGUGGAAUAAACCACCGAUUCAAGUUUUCGAUACAGAGAUUCCAGAGCUCGGAAGAGCUCUCAGGGCAACACGGAAACUGAACCCGGGUGAUUAUGUUGCGGAACAUGCUGGGGUGUGCAGGCGCGAAGAACAGUGCACAAAAGAUGGGGAAACAGGGAAUCAAAGUAGGAAGGAGAAAGACAGGAUGGAGCUUGUAAUACCUGGUGGAGGCAAGUGGCUUAUAUAUCAGGAGAGCAAGUGGAGCCUCACUAAAUACGCCAAUCAUUAUGAGGAGCCGAAUAUUGAAUGGGUGACUGAAGAAGUCUCUAAUGCCUAUCGAAUCUUGCUCAGGGUAAAGGAGGGCUGUUGUAUCAUGCCAGGAGGCGAACUGACGGUUGACUACGGUAACCAAUACUGGAGAGUCGGAGAAGUGGUAAUGCAUGUUCGCCUGGUUGAUCAACUCGAUCCGCGGUUUGGCUGGCUGGUUCAGCAGCUGUGCCGGCUAGGGCUGUUAAAAGCCGAAAACUCGAUAUUUGAAGCCCAAUUGCCGUUUAGCCAGUCAAAGCUUGGCGAAUUUAUCAUCAAAGGGCAGGGACGAGUGAUAGAUACCGGCUGCGCGUAUCGCGUCAAAAGACGACGAUUGGAUCUGGCUAUGUGGGACGAUGACCAUAGUAGUUAUGGAGGGGGAACAGAGAGGCGAGUGCCUGAGAUGCACGCAAGAAUCACAGGAACUUCUACUGGCCGAGAGGGAUGGAACCAGAAAGGAGAGGAAGAGGGCUAA